AUGUCAGACCAUAUUACUGAGAAAGCCACCGAGGGACCAUCAUUCAAUUAUCCAUUCGCUGCGGCACCAGAUAUCAUUCGGUCCCAUCAGAAAGAUGCGUAUUUCGAAGGGGUUCUCCUAAACCACCUCUCCAACCUCCUACGGAAGCUCUAUGGAGCACGCUUUAUCCACACCUACACAUUCGAAGCCAAAACCUUUUCAGAGUUGUUAUACCUUGGCCUUACAACCUUUAUUGGGAACCGCACACUCGGGGAAGAAUACUGCGAUAUAGUUCAGAUUGAAGACGAUACCCUCCAACUUCCGGCAAUCUCGAGAAGAGCGGGCUAUAUACUCACCUCAAUCCUCCUACCAUAUUCUAUAAACAAAAUCCUGCCCACAUUCCGUGCAAGGAUACGAGCGAAACUCGAAUCCAAUCUACGAAAACUAUCACGAUAUAAAAAGGAGGCGUCCAGGUCAUACAAAUUUCAGUCAUAUUUGCUAGAGCAUCUCUCGAGGAUCACCUCACCGUCUCCGUUUCACGCCCUGACACUUACAGUCUUCUACUUCUCGGGGGCAUAUUACCAACUUUCGAAACGAUUAUGGGGUCUACGGUACAUAUUUACAAAGAAGAUUGCACCAUCCGAAGCGCGAGUGGGAUAUGAGGUAUUAGGGGUUCUACUGGUCCUUCAAAUGACCGUACAAACAUGGCUUCAUCUCAGUUCCACACUUCAAACCUCAGCACCAGUAAAUGCGGAGCCUCUGCUGGGGAGUUCCGCUGUCCUACAGGGUGGGGUGGAAGUAUCACUUGACCCCAACGCCUAUUCCGCAAACAACGAAUUACUCUUCGACCGCUUAGGAUCUUUGAUUCAGCCAGGCUCAGAGAUUGGAAAGGUGACUAAUACACCGGUGUCGGAUGAACCAAAUAUCAACUUGGGCAUUGAAGACAAAAUGAAGUGGAUCAAAGGCACUCAACAGAGGAAGUGUACCCUAUGUUUGGAGGAGCUUAAGGACCCUAGUGCUGUGGCUUGCGGGCACGUCUUUUGCUGGUCGUGUAUUGGAGAUUGGGUGAGGGAGAAACCGGAAUGCCCUCUGUGCCGAAGAGAGGCUCUUGUACAACAUAUUUUGCCUUUGAGAUGCUAA